AUGCCCGUGAGACCAUCGAUGUUGCCACCAGAUGCUCUCAGCGCAGAGGUUGCAGACGUGACCUCCGAGUUCGAGUCGAAGCCAUGGACCUGCACCGCAGCGGCUGCAGGAGGGACCUCCGAGCUCGGCAGCACAGAAGCUACAGAAGGGGCCUCCGAGCCGGAGCCGGCGCGGCGGCACCGCGUCUCGCGCCGCAUCAUCGUCCGCGCCCGCAACAAGCACCUGGCCGAGCGCCGGGCCCUGCGCGAGGGCGGCGCGCGGGCUGCCGCCGAGGGUGCGGACGGCGGCUCGGCUCGGGCGCCCUCCAAGGGUACAGGCGGCGGCGCAGGCCCGCAGGCCGCUGUCCAGGACGCGAGCGGCUUCGACGUGGCGUUCGUGCCGAUGGCAGCUGGCAUCCCGUCAGCGCCGCUAGCGCACAGCCAGACUGCGGGAGUGUCGAACACGGUCUGCAUCUCCAACACACCGGGCCAGUUGAACACGGGGAUGCAGGCCGCGCGGGAUUUGGCCCAGCUGGGGGAAAUCGCCCGAAUCGACUUCGGUCUCGCAAGCAUCAGGGAUAUGCUGGUCACGUACUUCGACGUGCGGGAUGCCCAGACGGCACUGCUGCGCCUGGCUUCCUGCGCCGCGCCGUUCCCGCAGGCGGCGCAGGACUCUCGGGUCGUCUUGGUGGAUGUGGAUGGCUUCUGCGCGAAGACGGGCCGCACAGCAGGAUUCCAGGACUUUGGAGAGGUGGCCAACGUCGACGUUGUUGCGGGGCAGCUGGUCGUCGAGUUCUACGACCUUCGCUCUGCACAGGCGCUCUUGGCGGCAGCAGGUGACUGUGCCACCCUGGUGCCCAGCAGCGCCUUUGCACCGCCCGCUCCCGUGGUGGCCCCCGUGAAAGCUGACCCCAUUGGCGUCGGCAGCGCCGCAGACGGUGCUGCACAGCAGGCCUCAGAGGAGGGAAACCGAGGAACAGACACGUGA